UUCAUUUAUCCUCCCACCUGCCCUGGCUUGCCCCUCCCCCAACACUAGUCCUCCGGUGAUGAAUCCUUAGAUUUUGUGCUUGACGAACAACCAGGAAACUGAGAAGUUUCCAGGUGUGAACGCUCUGCAGGGACUCGGGUUUAGGGCAGUGCGGGGAAAUUCCAUUUCACUUCUUCCGGCUGCUCUGAGCCCCUUCGAGCACCCAGCAGAAGGCACAAUGGCAGGUCCACGACACCCGGUAUCAGCGCAUGCGGUAGCCCUGGUGCAGAUGGAGCGACUCCAGACAUUUGUCUUCUCCGUGCGCUGGUCAGACGACAGUGAUUCGUCUGUUCUCAGGAGCUGGGAUGAGUUCAGGCAGCUCCAGAAGAGCCUUAAGAAAAUCUUCCCGGUGGAGGCGGGCCUGCUCCGGAGAUCUGACCGCGUACUUCCCAAGCUUCCUGAUGCUCCACUGCUGACGCGCCGGGGGCAUACUGGCCGAGGCCUGGCGCGGUUGCGGCUGCUGAAGACCUACGUACAGGCACUGCUGGCAACCUCCGAGCACGUAUUGAGGAGCUCGGCGCUCAGUGACUUCUUCGCACCCAGACCUCUGGAUCUGGAGCCUAUGCUGCCUCCGGGCAGCCUGGUGAUCCUGCCCACACCAGAGGAGCCGUUAUCUCAACCCGCAAGCAGCCUUACCAUUCAUAGCCUGGAGGCUCAGAGCAUGCGCUGUUUACAGCCAUUCUACACCCAUGACACAAGAGACAGGCCUUUUCACACAGAGGCUCAAGAAAUUCUGGAUGUAUUAUUUCGACAUCCAUCAGGCUGGUGGCUGGUGGAGAAUAAGGAUCAGCAGACGGCCUGGUUUCCAGCUCCCUACCUGGAGGAGGGAGCCCUAGGCCAGGACCAGGAAUCAGGCCUGGCUUUGCAAUGCAGAGGGAUGCAAUUCUGUGCUACUCAGGCCUAUGAGGGCAGUCGUACUGAUGAGCUAUCAGUGCCUGCAGGGGCACGCGUGCAUGUGCUGGAACCCUCAGACCGCGGCUGGUGGCUGUGCAGGUACAAUGGCCAGGAAGGUCUGUUUCCUGCAGUGCUGCUGCAGCCUGAAGGGCUGGGUUCCCUCCUGGGCAGGCCAGGGCUCCCAGAUGGCAGGGAAGACAAGGUGGCUGCAGACAGGCCUGUUCCCCCUGUAGUACCAACUCACCCCUGUGUGAGUACCAUUCAAAGCCGAUGCUGCACCAUCACCCGCAGGGCACUGGGACAGGACCAAAGGACCCUGGGUUCCCUUUGAGGAUUUGUGUAGCCCUGCAGAGAGGUUGUAUUGUCAACCCCAACCAUAAGCAAAGCAGGGAUUCAGACCUGCCAAGAGGGUGGGGCUGGAUGGA